CGAGAAUCGGUUCCCUCUUGCCUGGAAAAGCUCUCCGGGAUCUUGAAGCUCGAUCGACGGGGUGCGUUCACGAGUGUGUGGUUUAAAAAUAAAUUCUGGAGUGGAAGGGGUGUGGGGAAAAAAACGGGAAAGCCCAGAGUAAAGCGCUCUGGGAAAAUCUUUGAGGAAAAACAAGGGAAAGUGAAAUUUGUUCAUCAAAGUUGUGUGUCGGUGAGCUUUAUUGUUGGGUUUUAGAGGGGAGGCGAAUUUAUUAGCUUUCACUGUGUGAUGGAAUUGCCACUGUGUUGUGUGGUGCGAAGGAUGUAAAGCAAAAGCACGGAAAACUCUUUAAAGGCCGACAAACAAAGAGGAAAAACCUCGCUGGAUGCUGGGAGGGAUCCGGUGAAGCAACAGUUUCUUUUAAUGUUUGCGUGAGGAUCCUUUUAUUUUUUGUUGUUGCUUCUUUAGAGUGAUUAUUGUGUGGGUGUGGGAUGAAGAGGCUCAACUGAAAGAAUAAAAAGAAAAAGGUAAAUCCCAAAGCAUGUGGAGCCCGUCGUUGUCGGAUUCGCACAAUUAAAGGAAAGGAAAAGCCGAGGGAAAACAAGCAUUUCCCAUGCUGAUGCUGUUGCUGCAGCAGGAGAGGUGGUCCGUUAAUGGAAAAGCGAAGAGCUUUUCAGUGAGGCGAGAUAAAAGUGAGUGAGUCGUCCUUCGGCGAGGAUCUGUCUGUCUGAUGGUUUAUGAUGAUGAUGAUGUUGAUGGGCUUGUGUGAGAUAAUGUGGAAAAUUCUAAUCUAGGUGGGUGGGUAUGAGUGUGUGUGAUUUUUCAAGUGAAAAUUACAAAGCGCAAAAAGUAAAUAGAGCACGAAAAAUCCAAAUGUGUUUGUGAAGCUUUUACGUGGGAAAAAAGGAUGUAAAAUUAAGCUAUUGUAAAGCAGUCCUGGGAUUGGAAAUGUGGCGUUUGCUGUGUGUUUGGUGUCGCUGGGAGGCUAUUUAGAGGGAUUACUUUGCCAGCGCACCUUGGCAGGAUAUACGAGCAGUGCAGGAACGCCUGCUGGAAAGUAAUUAGACAGAUACCAUCCUUCUGGCACGGCAGUGUGUUACCCGUGCCGGCUGGGGUUUCCGGUGCCGGCGGGUGUCCGUCCUCUAGAGUCCUUCCGCAUGACACCUCGUUCCCGGCCUCGUGACAGAAGCGCCAGUUGUUGCAUCGGAAGAAAAACUAGCUGGCAGGGGUGGUCGAGGUGGUGCCAGGUGGGCUAUGCAUGUCCGCGGCGGGUCGCAAUGGCAGAGCCGUCGAAAAACGUCCCUGGGGCCGCUGCGGCGUGCCCAUCCGGCUUCCGGUGCGACCUGGAACGUGCAGGUUGUGCGCGGCAAGAUGACAUCCCGGUGCCUGUGGCACGCCUGCCGGGCCCUCGUCCUCGGCAUCGUGCUGAUGAUGGUCGGUGGCGGAAUGGCCACCGUUGGAUACUACGCCAACAACUUCCCAUCGCUGUCGGACGUUAAGAGCAACAGCACCACGACGGUUCGCGUCAAGAACGAGCACCGUGGACUGCACCUGAACAACCUGUCCUACGUCGGACCCAUCAUCAUGGGCGUUGGCGGUUUCAUUGUGGUGGCAUCCUGCGUGAUGACGUUCGAGGCUCGAGAUUCCGCAGCCAAGGUGGUCCCGGCCCGGUUCAAGCUCAGUGGAAACGCGCGAAACAGCAGCAGCCGAAAUAAUGCAUCCCGCCGGUCCACGACAGGCAUCGCCAACGGUCCCAGUACGGCCCAGACGGCCCGCUGGGAGCAACAUCUGGGGGUGUUCCGAACGUCACCGGCCGUGGAGCAGGUCCCAGAUCGGAAGGCACUGACGGCGGCCUUGGUUCACUUCUCCCGAGCGCUUGGAACACCCAAGGCAACUCGUCCCUCGUCGCCGUGCGAAAGCCGCCGCGUGUCCCGGAGUGGUUCGGUGCCCAAUUUGACAGGUGACAAGCUCGAGGAACCGGGCAGCCAUCACCAUCAGCACCUCCACAACCACCACCAGCAGGCGGCCUCGGGCGUGGGUUCGCCGGCCGGGGUUCGGUCCGUCGUGAGAACUCACCGGGGAUCGCGUGUCAGCAGCAUGGUCCAUCGGUCAACGCGAGAAACCAACGGUGGCAGCAGUCUGCUGCAUCCGGGGAUGUUGCACAUCCAUCGGCACGCGCAAUCCUUCGACGAGCCGGAACCCUUUCCCAAAACUCUCAACCAGACCGGUUCGCACGGCUCGAUGAUGCACUACGGCUGCCCGACGGACAUCCCCAUCGUGCACAAGCUGCGUGACCGGACGAAGCGCUCGGACACCGCCCGAAAGCAUGUCCUGUCGCGGCAGACCAAAAUCGAAAAGGAGGACCCGGGCAGUCCCAAACCUGGCCAGGGUGCCCAUCAGCAACAGGUACAGCAGCAGAACCCGUUUGCCGCAAGUCGGCGCUCGUCGACCAUUUCGAAUGCGUCCACGUCGAAGCUGAACAAAAGCCGGCGUGCCUCCACCAUUAGCAAAACGCCCAGCGUCGAUUCGCGGGGUGCGGCCUCCACGGUCGAGGUAAACAGCCCGGAGCGGUCAUUGCUGGCGAUGACGACGCCCCGGAAGGCCAAGGACGGCCAGAUGGCCCAGACGCCGUCGGUCGAGCGGGAGUGCCGGAGCCAACUGUCCAUCUGUUCGGAGCCGGCCCCGAUCCGCAACCUAUCCUGUCAAUCGAGCUUAGAACCGUGUGUGCCCGAAGAGGACAGCCCGGAGCAGGAGGAUCCUCCGCCACCGCCACGUAAAAUGUCCCCCGCUGCUACCUCCGAAGUCCUUCCCACCGCCGCAGUUCGUCCCGACUCGCUGGUCCUGGACGGCGAUGGUCAGUCGGCGGCCAACGAGAAGACAAAUCGCUUCCUGUAUCGAAGCAACUCGACGAAGAGCUUCCGCAAGCCGAAGCCGAAAAUUAAGAGCAAAAAACUGAGCAACGAAUUCGAUCAGAUUUACGUUAUUAGCAGUGGUGAGCAUGGUGGUGGUCAAUCUGGUGGGGGGACUGGAAGUCGUUAUCCUAAUUUCUACCACGCAAAGGACGACGAGUGUUACGACUCGAUUGAGGUGAUCCACGAACGACGGAGCAAGAACUUUAGCAAGUUCAACAGUGUGUGCGGUGGCGGGGAUGAAUCGUUGGAGGCGAAGUUGAGGUCGGAACCGGAGGUUGUGGGGUUGGGGUCAAACAAGUUCAGCGUGGUGGCAGACAUCUCACCGGCCAUGGCCAAUCUCGCGGGAAGUCAGGAGAAGCUGCUCCCGGAAGAGGCACCCCUCAAAAGCUGUGCCAUCGAUUCGGCAGAACAACGGCUGAUAAGUGGAUCGACGGAGGACGAGGACGAGGAUGAGGGGCUUGCUAAAACGUCGGGACGGCAUGUCGCAGAUCACAAUGGCUCCAUUCAGCGGUAUGACACGGUUAUCUACAAUGCAGCUGGAGCUGGAGCCGGUGGUAGCAGCAGUGUUGAAAGUGAAGAAACUCCGAGGCUGACAAAGAGGUCGACUAUUGUGGGCUGCCUCCUGAAGGAGGACCACCUGGUGGAGACAAUGGCCACGAUGAUGGUGCCACCUCCGCUGGGACAGGGACUAAACUAAGUGAAAAAGGCGAAGGUGUGGGUGGUGAUGAUGAUGACGGUAUUAAUAUCAUUAGCAGGCAGUCGUGUGUGUGAAUGAAAGAAGAAUGCUGCUGCUGUGACAUGGACCACAGACGACGGUGUGAGUUAAAAGCUGCUGCUGCUGCUGUGACAAGGGUUGAACGGUGGCACGUUAUUUGUUAAUUUUAAGGUGAACAGAUUACGGGCGCUUUUCUGGGGGGAGAUUUUUAUCUUCUGCUGGUUUGGAUGAGGGUGUUUUGGACAUUUUCUUUAGAUAUCGCCUUCAAGUAGAAUUGUUAGUGUGAACAUUUUUAUCUUGUUGGACUGUUCAAUAUAAAUUUUAGAACAGUUAGACAUGGGAAAAAUAUAGUAAAAGAUGGCAAAAUUACGAUAACUUUUCAAAUAACGUCAGUGGGGUGAACCAAUAUCUAAUCAAUCAAAAAUAAUUCUGUUUUAACGUAACAGACGUAAUCUAAUCAAUCAAAAAUAAUUCUGUUUUAACGUAACAACCAUUGCAGACAAAAUUACUGAACAGAUCCUGUCGAUUUGACAAACGAGACAAAACUCCCAUUCUAACAAGGUCCUAUUCCGGACUUGUGCUCCUUAAACAUCAGAUUAUUGUACACGCCUGUAAUCAGCAAUGAAUCUUUCAGUUGCUUGCCGUAAUCAGCAAUACAGUUUUUUUCGAAGGCUUCAGAGUCAUUGCAACACAUCGCGUACGAGUCUUCAAGAGCUUAUUCCUAUUUAAUAGAUAUAUAAGCCAGCUCAGGGCAGAUCGAAGAAAAAUCUCCUUUCAAUUCCCCAACGAGUCCUUUCAUCACCCCUAACGGCCACCAUCAGAAACGUGUUCACCGGCAGAGAUUUCCAAAUUCCGCAGCCAGCUCGUGCAGAAGCAGCUCGGAUUUAUGUACCAUAAAAGCUGCCCAUAAAAAUAAAUCCGGCCACGCUGAAUCGACCAACGGAUUGCCCCCUUUUCCAUUCAGACGAAAGGGUGAAUUCGACGGGGGGAGAGGAAAUAAAUCUGCCACAUGCACUUUUCCGUUCAAUAGGUCAACAGAGACGAAGAAAGAGAAACACACAUUUUGCCGGACAUAAGCGGAUUGUGGAAACUUUCCCCUCGGUCUGGGCCAUGGCUUUUGAGUGCUGGCGAGGUCAGCUCGUGUGUCAAAACUGCAACCGUUGGGAAAAUAGUAUUAAUGCCAAAUCAGCGAAAGAUUGCGGCCAACAAUCCGCUUCGGGGAGGGAGAAUGUCAACGAUUCGUGUAACGAUUGUUUUCCUCUUGGGAAAGGGCGAAAAAAAAAGAACGGGAAGUGAAAAGAAAAACUUUCUGUUAGUUUUUGUCGCUUUCACUGAUGGACAUUUCACAAGGCAAACCAGUUGGGAGUUUGGCCAAAUUUGGGCUAACUUUUUCAUCUGGUUGUCACAUGUCAUACGUACGACAAGCGGAUGAGCGUUUGAGGUGAUCAUUUGGGCGGAUAAGCCAGAUAUGUCCAUUAUGGGGUUUCCAUGCAGUAUUGUGGUUUUCCAAAAGAAAUAAUAAAAGAACAUUUAAAUCGUAUUUAGAAGAUUUAUUUUGGCUGACCAAGUUCUGGUAAAUACUCAACUUAUGAUUAUCGAAACAAGUUGAGAGAAUUGAUUCAGAUGCAUAAUGUUUGCACAUAACUCCAAAUUGUAUUCUUCAAAGUGUUCCAAAAACGUUUACCGAUGGGUGAUUGAAGAUCUGAUCGUGAACGCGAUUGAAGCUCUGAUAUUUCGUAGUUGGCGAAAGGUUGAUAAUAAAGUAAUCCCACAUAUUCGGAACACUUUAGUGAUAAUUUGUCAAUAGCAUGCCAAUUGCAUCGAUUCUGUCGACCCUAUUAUUUUUGGACUUGUAUUGGGACAUUUUCUUGCUAUUUUACUAGUAAAAGUAGUACUUAAAACAAAAAAUGCAUCUCAAGACUAUUUCAUUCGAAGCAGCAAAACACUGCCUCCAAAUUGCCUGUUCCAUAAUUGUG